AUGCCCCCCCCUGCGCCCGGGGCCCGGCUCCGGCUUCUCGCCGCCGCCGCCCUGGCCGGCCUGGCCGUCAUCAGUCGAGGGCUGCUGUCCCAGAGCCUGGAGUUCAGCUCCCCUGCGGACAACUACACAGUGUGCGAAGGUGACAACGCCACGCUCAGCUGCUUCAUCGACGAGCAUGUGACCCGAGUGGCCUGGCUGAACCGCUCCAACAUCCUGUACGCGGGCAACGACCGCUGGACCAGCGACCCGAGAGUGCGGCUGCUUACCAACACGCCCGAGGAGUUCUCCAUCCUCAUCACCCAGGUGGGGCUGGGCGACGAGGGCCUCUACACCUGCUCCUUCCAGACCCGCCACCAGCCGUACACAACUCAGGUCUACCUCAUCGUCCACGUCCCCGCCCGCAUAGUGAAUAUCUCUUCGCCCGUGACCGUGAACGAGGGGAGCAAUGUGAACCUGCUCUGCCUGGCCGUGGGGCGGCCGGAGCCCACUGUCACCUGGAGGCAGCUCCGAGAUGGCUUCACCUCCGAAGGCGAGAUCCUUGAGAUUUACGACAUCCAGCGGGGCCAGGCCGGGGAAUACGAGUGCGUGACGCACAACGGGGUUAACUCUGCACCUGACAGCCGUCGCGUGCUGGUCACAGUGAACUAUCCUCCGACCAUCACGGACGUGACCAGCGCCCGCACAGCUGUGGGCCGGGCCGCCCUCCUGCGCUGCGAAGCUAUGGCGGUCCCCCCCGCGGAUUUCCAGUGGUACAAGGAUGACAGACUGCUGAGCAGUGGCGCGGCCGAGGGCCUGAAGGUGCAGACGGAGCGCACCCGCUCGAUGCUUCUCUUCGCCAACGUGAGCGCCCGGCACUACGGCAACUACACGUGUCGCGCAGCCAACCGGCUGGGAACGUCCAGCGCCUCCAUGCGGCUCCUGCGCCCAGGAUCCCUGGAGAACUCGGCCCCGAGGCCCCCAGGCCCUCUGACCCUCCUCUCCGCCCUGGGCUGGCUGUGGUGGAGGAUGUAGGAAGAACCCAGUGCCCUGGAGUCCCCCCGCGGGGGGGGGGGGGGGGUCUGAGGCCG